UGGCUGGACUUUGUUCUUGGCAGUGUACAACUUUAUCACACACACACACAACCAUUUCAGCUGUCUUCACUCUGGAACUGAACAGCUGGUGUAUGAAGACGUUAAACAUACAUAUCAAUCUCUUUUAAAGCCGUUAUAUUUCGGGGUUUUUUUUGCAAAGGACUUUUUUUGUGUGGCAGCGAUGAUCAGCCGCAACUUCAAGAACGUACUGGUGGUCUCUCUCGGGUUUCUGUCUCUGUUUACAGCGUAUGGAGGCCUGCAGGGCUUACAGAGCAGCCUGAAUGCGGAGCAGGGGAUGGGCGUGGCGUCUCUGAGCGUCGUCUACGCCUCCAUCAUCAUCUCCUCCAUGUUCCUGCCGCCCAUCUUGAUCAAAAACCUCGGCUGUAAAUGGACCAUCGUGGCGGGCAUGGCGUGCUACGUCUCCUACUCCUUUGGGAACCUCUUCCCUGGCUGGUACACCCUGAUUCCCACCUCGGUGAUCCUGGGUUUGGGCGGCUCUCCAAUGUGGUCGGCUAAAUGCACCUACCUCACCAUCUCAGGGAACAUGCAGGCCGCUAAAGAUGGCAAGAAGGGCUCGGAUGUCAUCAACCAAUACUUUGGCAUCUUCUUCUUCAUCUUCCAGUCCUCGGCUGUGUGGGGAAACCUCAUGUCGUCGCUCAUUUUCGGACAGGACUCCAAUAUAGCUCACAUCCCUGAGGAGCAGCUGUUGAGCUGCGGAGCUGCAGACUGCGGUCUCAACAUCUCCAUGAACUCCACGAUAAUCAAACCUGCUCAAAAGCUGGUGUGGACGCUCGUCGGAUGCUACAUCGGCGUCGGUGUGCUGGCCAUCCUGAUAGUCGCAGUGUUUCUGGACAACAUCGACCAGGAGCAGACCAGCGAGUUUCGUGGCAAUAGGGAGCCGUUCCGUCAAACGUUUCUGGCCACGUUCAGACUGUUGAAGGACUGGAGGCUGGUCACCCUCAUCCCUCUCACCAUGUACAGUGGCUUCGAGCAGAGCUUCCUCUCCGGGGAGUACACCAAGAACUAUACCACAUGUGCGCUGGGGAUCCAUUACGUCGGCUUUGUCAUGAUGUGUUUCGGAGCCGCUAAUUCUGUUUGCUCAUUUCUCUUCGGGAGAAUUGCUCGCUACACGGGGAGAGCUGCACUGUUCUUUCUGGCUGCGGCUUGCAACUUCUGCUGUAUCAUUGGUCUCUUAUACUGGAGGCCUCAUCCUGAGCAGCUCCCUGUGUUUUUUGUGUUUCCUGCUCUGUGGGGAAUGUCGGACGCUAUCUGGCAGACGCAGACCAAUGCUCUUUACGGCGUCCUGUUUCCCCGGGAAAAAGAGGCGGCGUUCGCCAACUACAGGAUGUGGGAGUCGCUUGGUUUCGUUAUCGCCUUCGCCUACAGCACCUUCAUAUGUCUGGAGUAUAAACUAUACAUCCUCCUGGCUGUGCUGGUUCUCACCGUCAUCACUUACCCCAUAGUGGAGUACAACGAACACAAGAGCCCCACGCCGCCUAUCGAGAAGGGAACCUACACGAGUCACAGAGACGUCAUAAAGAAAGUCGAGAACGCAAUCAUAUGCCAGACACCGAUGUAGAGACUGAAGAUCAGGAGUUUUUAUUUUUUAUUUUUAUAACAUCCUUGUAUUUGUGUGGAAAUGUUCAAAUUGCAUAAAAAUACUGAACUGUCGUUUAGGGCGCACUCACACCGGGCUAUCCGUACGGCGCCAAAGCACACUUUAACCUUCAAAGUCCAGUUCGUUUGACUAGUGUGAGUGCUCCGAUCCGGGCUCAAGCACUGUACACCUUCUUGGCCCUGGUGGCUCGGUUGGAAGAAGUGUGCUUCCAUGGUUAAGGCUCUAUCCGACGAAAAUAACUCAAAAUAAGGCACAAAAUCAGUAAAGUUGCAGUCUUGUUCUCCAAUGUGCAAACGCGGACUUGACCGCCCGUCUCUCUUUUACUUAUUUUGCCUCUUGUUGACUAAGCAUGCUUCAUGUGUUGUAUUAGGACGUUAACCGUGCUCGGGCCCGGUUACUCCUGGAGCAGUGUGAGCGCAGGCUAGCGGGGGAAAUGGGGGAAUGGGGGAGCAAUCACUCUUCAGCACGCUACGGGAAAACUUUGUCUAGUGUGAGUGCGCUAUUAAAGAAAGUUUUAAAGUCAAUCACAAAAUGUUCCACGUUUUCCAUUUGACUGGAAAGGAGGAUAAACAGCACACUUAUUUAAAUGUUUACUGGUUCAGCCUCUCCCAGCAGAGCCCCACAAACAAAAUGAUCACAUUAUACUGUGUAUAUGACGAUGAGCCCUUUGUUUUGAUGAAAUAUUUUGUGUUAUGUGCAUGUUUGUCAUUAAUCUCUGCAAUGCUUAGAACACAGGUUAUAUACAGGUGAUAUGCUCUGUGAUUAAAGAUGAUUUACUGCUCAAACUAGCAAAUCAAAUGUUGAACUUGUUUUUCAUGACAGAAAAAAACGACAACCUCCAAUGAAGCGGCUCUUUCUAGUGUUGAAGGGCUUUAGUGUAAAAUAAAGACAAUGGAUAGAGUCAGAAACCGGAGAGAGAGAGAGAGAGAGUGGGGACGUGUCUGAUAAGCCAACAGAUUAUCUUUUUCUAAAAUGCAUUAUGUUUCAUAUUUUUCUUAUUGCACUCUAUUGCAGCUGAAAUGACAAACUUUAUUUUGUGCCAAAUUAAUGAAUAAAUAUCUAAAAAUUAA